UGCUCGAUCGAUCGGAUCUAUCCACCGAGAACGAAACUGUGAAUUUGCCUCAAAAAGUCUGUCACAGUGGCGACGGAGCUGCCGGACUCCGCCGACGAACCCCUCCAUUACCGAGCUGUCCCUGUGUGAGGAAGGAAGAAGAACAACAAGGAAGAAGAAGAAGGAGGAGAAAGAGAUGGCAUCGCCUUCUCUAGCUUCAAAUGGAGCGGAAGAAGCCAAUGAAGACGGAACCUCGUCGUCGUCGAUCCAUUUCGGGGCACCGGAGGCGCUGUCGCACGUGCAGAGCCUGACGGACGUCGGAGCCAUGACCCGGCUCCUCCACGAGUGCAUCGCCUACCAGAGGGCCCUCGAUGUGGAGCUGGACACCCUGCUCUCCCGCCGCUCCGACCUCGACCGCCACCUCCUCAACCUCCAGAAGUCCGCCCACGUCCUCGAUAUCGUCAAGUCCGACUCCGACCACAUGCUCUCCAAUGUCCGGUCGACGUCCCAGCUGGCGGAUCAGGUGAGCGGCAAGGUCAGGGAGCUGGAUCUGGCGCAAUCCCGGGUCAACUCCACGCUCCUCCACCUCGACGCCAUUGUCGACCGCAACAACUGCAUCGAAGCGGUCAAGAAGGCGCUCGAGCACGAGGACUUCGAGGCCGCCGCCAAGUGCGUCCAGACCUUCCUUCAGAUCGACGCCAAAUACGGUAGAGACGCCCGGGGAUGGGAGCAGAUGAUGGCCUCCAAGCGGCAGCUCGAAUCCAUUGUUAGGAAGAGGCUUUCCGCCGCCAUCGACCAGCGGGACCACCCCACCGUCCUCCGCUUCAUCCGCCUCUACUCCCCACUCGCCCUAGAGGACGAGGGCCUCCAGGCCUAUGUGGGCUACCUCAAGAAGGUUAUCGGCAUGAGGUCCCGCCUCGAGUUCGAGCAGCUGCUUGAGCUUGUGCAGGAUCCCCAUGGCUCGCAGGCCAAUUUCGUCGGGUGCCUGACCAACCUCUUCAAGGACAUUGUCCUAGCUGUCGAGGAGAAUCACGAUAUCCUCCGCAGCCUCUGUGGGGAAGACGGGAUUGUUUACGCCAUCUGUGAGCUCCAGGAAGAAUGUGAUUCUCGGGGAUCCCUCGUCCUGAAGAAGUACAUGGAGUACCGGAAAUUGGGAAAGAUCUCAUCGGAGAUCAAUGCCCAGAACAAGAACCUGCUUGCGGUUGGAGCCGGGCAGGGCCCGGACCCAAGGGAGAUUGAGCUCUACCUGGAAGAGAUACUUUCUCUUAUGCAGCUGGGCGAGGAUUACACUGAAUUCAUGCUUUCCAAGAUCAAGUGCCUUACUUCGGUUGAUCCUGACUUGCUGCCCCGAGCCACCAAGGCCUUUAGGAGCGGAAGCUUCAGUAAAGUGGUGCAAGAGAUAACCGGGUAUUAUGUGAUUUUGGAGGGCUUCUUCAUGGUGGAGAAUGUGAGGAAGGCUAUCAGUAUAGAUGAGCAUGUGCCUGACAGCCUCACCACUUCCAUGGUCGAUGAUGUCUUCUAUGUCCUUCAGAGCUGCCUCCGCAGGGCCAUCUUCACUUCGAAUAUCAGCUCCGUGAUUGCGGUCCUGAGCGGGGCCUGCAGUUUGCUGGGCAAUGAGUACCACGAAGCUUUACAGCUGAAAAUGAGGGAGCCUAAUCUCGGAGCCAAGCUUUUCUUGGGUGGGGUUGGCGUGCAGAAGACCGGAACUGACAUUGCCACGGCUUUGAAUAAUGUGGAUGUUAGUGCGGAGUACGUCCUCAAACUCAAGCACGAGAUAGAAGAGCAAUGUGCUGAGGUGUUCCCUGCUCCAGCUGAUAGAGAGAGAGUUAAGUCGUGUGUUUCUGAGCUAGGUGAGAUGAACAACACUUUCAAACAGGCUCUGAAUUCUGGCAUGGAGCAGCUGGUGGCGACUAUCACACCCCGAAUCCGCCCGGUGCUGGAUAGUGUGGCAACCAUCAGUUACGAGCUUUCAGAGGCAGAGUAUGCAGACAACGAGAUCAACGACCCGUGGGUCCAGAGGCUGCUGCUUGCAGUGGAAACAAAUGUGUCGUGGCUCCAACCCCUCAUGACCGCCACCAACUUCGACACAUUUGUGCACUUGGUGAUUGAUUUCAUUGUGAAGAGACUCGAAGUGAUAAUGAUGCAGAAGAGGUUCAGUCAGCUCGGAGGUCUGCAGCUUGACAGAGAUGCUAGGGCCCUGGUCAGCCACUUCUCGAGCAUGACUCAGAGAACUGUGAGGGACAAGUUUGCGCGUCUUACACAAAUGGCCACGAUCCUCAACUUGGAGAAGGUCUCGGAGAUACUCGACUUCUGGGGGGAGAACUCGGGGCCAAUGACUUGGAGACUCACUCCUGCCGAGGUCAGGAGAGUCCUAGCCCUAAGGGUCGAUUUCAAGCCAGAAGCCAUAGCUGCUCUCAAGCUGUAAUUCCUACUACCGAUCAUCUCCAGUUAUAUUGUCCUAUUUCCUUUUGUUUUAUAUACUUGUAUUUAGAUAGAGGUUAAUAUCUCAUUCGAUUCUUGGAGCAGGCCCCUAGUCCGUCCAAUUGUUGGACGAUAUUAGUUUCGUCCCAAUUUCCGUCCAUAUGGAACAGUUUUGUUUUCAUGUAGUGUCUGUACAAUUCAUAUAUACAAAUUUUUUUUUUGGAUUACAA